CACGCUCGCAGGCUUAUGUGCUCACCGCGUUGGCCGACCAUGUACUCAUGGGCUGGCACUGUUCUCCUUCAAGUGAUGCGGUUUCGCCCCUCACACCCCGCUCCUACUGACCCUGUGUGCCAGCUUCGAUUUCGACGGCGGUACGAGAGUCCUCUGGAUCAUGGACGGUCUACCAAUUUGUUGCCUCGUUAUUUGCUAUGCAUGUCGUACCGCUCCCGCUCUCUGUCUGUCCGACGUGCUGCUGUCUGUUGUACUGACAUCUCGUUUGUCCAAUGAAAUGCGUCCCCGCCGGCUUUCCUUCAUCCUUCCUGUGUCCGCACCCGCAAGCUACCAUCUCCUCCCCCCUUACAUCCGUCGCAACCCUCCAACUCUUUCAACAUCUCCGCGUCCUGUUCCCGACCUUCGUCGCAGACGACCUCCCUCUCUCCUCAAAACGGAGCGACCGAGGAGGGGAUGUAGAGCAUUGAGUCCUCCCUCCCUCCCUAUCAUCUCCUCUCCCUCUACACCUUCCCUGUACAAGAGGCUGAGCUAGCGAGACAUCUGGAGCGCCAUGAUAUACCGGGAUGCUCAGAAAUCUUGAGCAAUCGUUUAUAAAGAUCCAGAAUAAA